CGAUUGCGAUAUAUAGCUUGGCUGCUUGAGACUGGCUACGUUUGUUGUUUUCACUCGUUCGAGUGUGACCUGCAACACGCUGCGUGCGAUCUUUUUCAACAUAACAAGAUAAAGGAACUCAAGAUGUGGUUCACAUAUACCUUUGCCAUGCUGUUGGUGGCUGGUUACGUCAGCGCGUACGGUUCUGGUGCUCCCCAGAGCGCCUGCCAGGAUAUGAUACCGAGACAUCCCGUGGGUCCCCAAAAUACAUCGGCGCCUUACAUCAUCACCACUAGCACUAAGGUGGUCAAAGCCGGCACACCUAUGCAAGUGACAAUUAGCGGUAAGAAGCCCGAGAACACCAUGCGUGGUAUCCUACUGCAAGCGCGUCAAGGUGACAAAAUUGUAGGCAAGUUCACCCUGGACGAUAACGACAGCUUCGCUCAACUUCUCGACUGCGGUGAACCUGGCAAUGCCAUCACCCACAAGAGGCACCCCCCAGAAUUCGACAAACAGACUGUAACCUUCACCUGGACCCCGCCUGCGGAUUUGAACGAUAACAUCAGGUUCAGGGCCACCAUUGCCUAUAGCGGUGCGGUCUUCUGGUUGGGAGUCGAAUCGCCGGUCGUCAAAGUAGUAGCCUAAUAUGUAAAUUUUAAUAUUAUAUUGUAUUAUCCAAAAAGUGAGAUUUUCACCUAAGUACAUAUUAAUUUGUAUUAACAUUUAAUAUUACAGUUUAGUACGGCUACGUAAUAUUAAUAGUUAUUAUUCUUAAAAUAAAUGUUUGUAACAAAAA